CCUGCCAUGUUCGCCGGUCUUGGUGGCAAGGGACAAGGCAAAGGACAAGAAGACGUACCUGACUUAGCCACCAUUCUUGCAUUGCUUGAGGGAAAUGACCCUGCCAGCGCGGCAGCGCAAGGUAGCGCAUCCGCCGGAGCAGACGCUACCGCAUCGGGUUCGGCCGCCGGGUCGUCUCCUUCCGCCCAAGGCACCAUGGAAAGACCGAAUGUGUUUCGCGCGAUGAUGCAAGAGCGGUGCAGUGCGGAGAACAUGCGCAUCCUGGACGUCAAAGAAACCGCCGGCUGCGUGCGCGACCUCCAGGGCGGGGUUUUGGGGCACCGAGGCGUGGAUGCCCAAACAGGCAGGGGCCUGCGGGACAUCAUGCGCUCCAGCCCGCUCACGGAUGGCCCGUACGCUGCCAGCCGUGCCCAGCGUGAUUACAUCCGGGACCGCGUCGGGGGCGGCGAUCCCCUUGGGAACCUCCUGGGUGGCACGUCCGACGCCGGUCUGGCCAACAUCGUGUCAACUGUCGCCGGCGGACUGGGGACGAACAUGGCAGAAGACGGGGCGUCGCUGGAAAGCAUCCUGGAGCUGGACCAACGCCUGGAAGCGAUCACGGCCGCAGUCAAGUCCGCGAAAACCGCCAUGAGCGCAGUCGUCGGACUCGAGGCACUUGUUGUGUGGCGUCACGAAGUCUCGCGCCUACCCGGCGUCGAGGCGCUUCAGGUUUGAGUUUUUCAUUUGGAACGACAAGAAGUCAGGGGUUCUGGUUCUCGAUGACCGGGCUUUUCGUUUUUUCGAAUUUUGUCCUGUGUGCUCAGAAAGGGAGAACGUCUCCUCUACUAGUAAGUACAUGAAAGAACCAACGCAUUGUCCUGCUGCCCUACAUGACUUCUUUAGCCAUUCGAUUUUUCCGCCCGAUUCUUUUUCUGAUCAAACAAAGGAAAAUAUAUGAUAUACCAGGUCGCGGACGCAGCGAACAUGUUGAACCGCGAACGCAUGCUCGGUGAGGACGCGCAUAACGAUGUGGCAGUGGAGUACGCCGAGGUUCGAUGCGACCAGAUGCGCGUUCGUACGGCGCUGGACGGAUCCAAGCAGGUGGAACUCAAGAGUGUGGAUGGCGAGACGGCUGCGUUGCUCAAAGGACGCAUUGCCCACGCGUUCCAGACGAAGUACCGCGGUGAGCUUGGCCAGUUGAGCAAUUUGAAGCCGGGACAGAUACAACUUGUCUCAAAGCAAACUGUCGGGGGCCUGCUAGAGAAUCAGGUAACUGCAUGUACUUCCAACAUACAGUGCUAUUAGGAUUACCAGUACCAUGUUGAUGUAAAUGCAUCAUUUGAAGAUUUCAAGUUCCUGAAUAUAACGAUUACCGUAUGCGGCGUUCGUCUUCGUCCGAGGGGGGACCGGACAACGGGCGCGAAAAUGUUUUCUUGGAAUCAGCGUGCGUCGAACUUACUUUCUUACCCUAUCACCGAACAGGUCAUGGCAAACGCGACGAAAUUCCGGCUAGGUGCGGAAUCUGACACUCCACUGGUGUGCGACUUCGAUCUUACGGUUUCGACUGGUAUGCCGAAUACCUUCGUAAUGCACCUGCAGCCUCACAGAGUACCAAGACAAACAUGAUGAUUCACUCCGAUAGAAGCAAGUCCAAAGAUCUAGAUAGGACCCUAAUGACACGAAAACAUAUAGAGACCCUUAGUGGUGUAGCAGCGUGGUGGAUGUCUACACGACCUAGAUGGACACUGAGACAGGAUGGUGAACAUAUACACACCUCCCAGGGCCCUUGACUCAAGCUCAAGCACAGAGACAUUAGGAACCGAGUAGCACGGUAGAGGGACUACAAAACUAGACCAGAGGCAUCUGGGAUAGCAGCUGUUCCGCCAUCGUGUUGUAGUUUGUAUUGGGUACAACUCUGUUGCAGGUUUGCGCGCCGUUGCAAAUUUUCCCUUUACAACUGACGAAGCGGAAGCGCCCAAACCGAAUGUGAUGGCGUUCACCCGAUUGCAGGUGAAGGAGCGAGAAACGACGCGGCUCGCGCUCAUCACAGUCCUGGGCUUCUAUGCCAAAAGCAUCUGCUCGACCCCGUCGUCUGCAAGCGGAAGCGCGGCCAGCGGUGCAGAACGAGCUCCAUCUACUGGCACUGGCAGUACAGCGGCAUCGCAAGUGGAGCCGCGUGUGCCAGAGGAACGGUUUACGAAGGUCAUUGCGAGCGGCCUGGCGAUGCUCGCAUAUCAGCGGCACGUCUUGCUCACUCACAAAGCCAUGGCUACUGAGGGUGUUCAGGGUCUGGUGGUGCCCGCCGACUAUUCGUCCCCCCUCGCGAACGAAUGCCACACAGCGGUGCACCAGUACCUGACCGCGCGCGAAGGAACCGCAGCCAGCGAAGAAGACCACCCGACCAGUCCGUUGCGCAAGAAGCACAAGAGCCAGGAUUUGUAUGAACUGAUGUGUGCGGAGCUUGGGGAGGAUGCGAAGGCACGGUGCUCGCAGAUGUGCGGCGAUGUGAUGGGCAGCAUGUUCGCCGGUAGCGGGGAAGGAGGUCGCCAAUCCAUAUUGGGGAGUUUGAUGCCGCAGAUGGCGGAGAUGGCAGGAGAUGGGGCCCCGGCGAACGCGGAGUUCCAACAAUUUAUGCAGGACCCUAUGGCGAUGCUCCGCCAAGUAAUGCCGGGCUUCGACAACGUCAUGAAGGACAUGAUGACCGCCGCGGCCGAGGGCGCGCACGCGGAGGGAGGCGCGGCCCGGGUAAUGACCGACCAGGCCUGCGCGGACGCGUUGCAGAAGUGGAGGAGUCUGCCGGAGAACAGCGAGAAAUUCCUCUGUGGGAUGCUCGAAGAAGAGAAGGAGGAAGGAAAGGUGGAAAAAUGAGCCUCAUCACUACAGGAAGAAGAACAAGCAAGCCUGCUUUCUGGGCUUUUGUACUAAUAUCUAUCAUGCAGCGCAAGUCGAAUUUGAUUUCGUUACAGUGGCGUUGGAGGAUUUUCCCGCGGAAUAAUUGCUCGAGAAUACAGAUAUUAAUUUUUGAAUUUUGUAAGGCAGAAGUGAAUUCUUGUAACGAACGUACGUUACCCUAUACCUGAGUACUGUCUGCCAGUUUUGAUGAUGACGAUGAUUCCUAGAAAAUAUACGGCAAAUGAUAAUCAUAGUUAGACGUGACAGCUUGUGCUGGAGCACUCUGGUACGUGGAUAAUGGACAUGAAGAGCCGAAUGGGAGAAUGAGGCAAAAAACAACUCGCGGCACGGCUGUGGAAGGAAGGGGCGCAGUUUUUGUCAUGGCGGGAGCCGUCUUGGUGCUGUUGCUCGAGGCUGCAGUCCGCUGAAAUUCGUUUGUCGUCGAAAGCAUUCUUUGGUUGUGUAUUUCGGCUGUUGCUGGAAUACGUGCUGGUAAACUCAAGAUGUCGAUCACUUUUGCUUUUGCAACGAAAAUUGUCAGAUCAUGC